AUGAGCUCUCGUAAACAACGUGUUGAUAUUGGUUCUUCACCUACUCCUUCAUCACCUUCAAGUGCAUCAAAUAAACCAAAAAAACGUCGUUUUGACGAUUCAUCUGAAACUGAUUAUUUUAAUAAUAGUAAUAAAACUAAAGAUUAUAACAAUAUGUCUCAAACAAAUACAACAGUUAAUCGUUUUACAUUACAAAAUUAUUCACAACAAUAUUUUGAAUUACUUAAAAAACGACGACAAUUACCUAUUUGGGAAUAUAAAGAAGCAUUUACGGCAACACUUGAAAAAAAUCAAGUUACUGUACUUGUUGGAGAAACUGGUUCAGGUAAAACAACACAAAUUCCACAAUGGUGUGUUGAUUUUGCACUUGCUUUACCUAUUCAAAGUGGGCAAAAACGUCGUGGUGUUGCAUGUACACAACCACGUCGUGUUGCUGCUAUGUCUGUUGCACAACGUGUUGCAAAUGAAAUGGAUGUUUCACUUGGACAAGAAGUUGGUUAUUCAAUUCGAUUUGAAGAUUGUUCAUCACCAAAAACAAUUCUAAAAUAUAUGACUGAUGGUAUGUUAUUACGUGAAGCUAUGUCUGAUCCAUUACUUGAAUCUUAUUCAUGUGUAUUAUUGGAUGAAGCACAUGAACGUACAUUAGCAACAGAUAUUUUAAUGGGUCUUUUAAAAGAAGUAGCUAAACAACGAUCAGAUUUAAAAAUAAUUGUUAUGUCAGCUACACUUGAUGCUGGUAAAUUUCAAGAUUAUUUUGAUAAAGCACCAUUACUAACUAUACCUGGUCGAACAUUUCCUGUUGAAAUUUUUUAUACACCUGAACCCGAACGUGAUUAUUUAGAAGCAGCUAUACGUACUACAACACAAAUUCAUAUGAGUGAAGAACAAGAAGGUGAUAUUCUUCUUUUCUUAACUGGACAAGAAGAAAUUGAAGAUGCAUGUAAACGUCUUCAACGUGACAUUGAAAGUUUAGGACCUGAAGCCGGUGAAGUAAAAUGUAUUCCACUUUAUUCAACAUUACCACCUAAUCUACAACAACGUAUAUUUGAACCAGCACCACCAAAUAAACCAAAUGGUGCUAUUGGACGUAAAAUUGUUGUUUCAACAAAUAUAGCUGAAACAUCAUUAACUAUUGAUGGUGUUGUUUUUGUUAUUGAUCCCGGUUUUUCAAAACAAAAGGUUUAUAAUCCACGUAUACGUGUUGAAUCACUUCUUGUUACACCAAUAUCAAAAGCUAGUGCACAACAACGAGCUGGUCGAGCUGGACGUACACGUCCAGGCAAAUGUUUUCGUCUUUAUACUGAAAAAGCAUAUAAAAGUGAAAUGCAUGAAAAUACAUAUCCAGAAAUUCUUCGAUCAAAUUUAGGCAGUGUUGUAUUACAAUUAAAAAAAUUAGGUAUUGAUGAUCUUGUUCAUUUUGAUUUUAUGGAUCCACCAGCACCUGAAACAUUAAUGCGUGCAUUGGAAUUAUUAAAUUACUUAGCUGCCAUUGAUGAUGAAGGUGAUCUUACAGAAUUAGGUUCAAUGAUGGCUGAAUUUCCACUUGAUCCACAAUUAGCUAAAAUGGUUAUAGCAUCAUGCGAUUAUUCAUGUUCAAAUGAAAUUUUAUCAUUAACAGCUAUGCUUUCGGUACCACAAUGUUUCGUACGACCAAAUGAUGUACGUAAACAAGCUGAUGAAGCUAAAGCACGUUUUGCUCAUAUUGAUGGUGAUCAUUUAACAAUGUUAAAUGUUUAUCAUGCAUUUAAACAAAAUCAUGAAGAUAAUCAUUGGUGUUAUGAAAAUUUUGUUAAUUAUCGUUCAUUAAAAUCAGCUGAUAAUGUUCGAACACAACUUGGACGUAUUAUGGAUCGAUUUAAUCUUAAACGUUCAUCAACAGAAUUCACAUCACCAGAUUACUAUAUAAAUAUACGUAAAGCAUUAAUUAGUGGUUUUUUUAUGCAAGCAGCACAUUUAGAAAAAACUGGACACUAUUUAACAAUAAAAGAUAAUCAAAUUGUUCAAUUACAUCCUUCAACUGUACUUGAUCAUAAACCUGAAUGGGUUUUAUAUAAUGAAUUUGUAUUAACAACUAAAAAUUAUAUACGUACUGUAACUGAUAUUAAACCAGAAUGGUUAUUAACAAUAGCACCACAGUAUUAUGAAUUACAAUCAUUACCUGAAUGUGAAGCUAAACGACAAUUAAUGCAUAUAUAUCAAAGAAUGGAAAAUAAACGAAAUACACAACAAAGAACAUAA